UCAGGUCCACGCCUUUUGCACGCAGUGGUCGUGAGUGAAUAGGACACUUGUCUGGUAACGUUAUGCUUGUUAUAUGAAUGUAGCAGCUUCGCUCUAACGGCACCUGUUUUUAUAUGCUGUUAAGCUAAUGGUCGUCAUUUUAGGAUUAAAUGUGCACCAAUGAUGCACUACUCAAAUUGGCUGAUUGACGUAAAAAACAGGGCAAGCCUUCGAAAUGAGUGCAAAACACCACCUAACACCGACUGGAUUAACAGGGGAAAGGUUGCGGACAUGCAGAACAACAACCCGCAGCCUAACGACAAAACAUCCGAGCUAACUGCUGCCACUCAUCUCCUGAAAAAAGGUUACAAAAUAAUCAAGAAAAUUGGGGAAGGCACAUUUUCAGAGGUCCUGAAAGCUCAGAGCUUAAAAGAUGGGAAGUUUUAUGCAUGUAAAACCAUGAAGCAGACAAUUAACAGUCUGGAGCAGGCCAACAAUCUGCGGGAAGUCCAGGCAAUGAAGAGACUGAGCCCACACGCAAAUAUUGUCCAGCUACAUGAACUGAUUUUUGACAAGGAAACUGGAAGGGUAUCUCUGAUAUGUGAGCUGAUGGAGAUGAAUAUUUAUGAGUUCAUACAAGGAAGAAAAACGCCUCUGCCUGACCAUACAGUAAAGCACUACAUGUACCAGCUUUGCAAGUCACUUGAACACAUGCACAGCUGUGGGAUCUUUCACAGAGACGUGAAGCCAGAAAACAUUCUCAUAAAACAAAACGUUUUGAAGCUUGGUGACUUUGGCUCAUGUCGGAGCGUGUACUCGAAGCCCCCCCACACAGAAUACAUCUCCACACGCUGGUACAGAGCUCCGGAGUGCCUCCUCACUGAUGGGUACUACAGCCUUAAGAUGGACAUCUGGAGUGCCGGUUGUGUCUUCUUUGAAAUCAUGAGCUUGAAUCCCCUCUUCCCUGGAACCAAUGAGUUGGACCAGGUUGCCAAGAUUCAUGAUGUUUUGGGAACACCUGAUCAAAGUGUCCUCCAAAAGUUCAAGCAGUCUAGAGCGAUGCAUUUCAACUUCCCCCCAAAGAAAGGCACUGGUAUCUCACGGUUAAUCCCCAAGUGUCCAGCUCCAGCUCUGUCUCUCCUCUAUCAGAUGCUUGCCUAUGACCCAGAUGAACGAAUCACUGCAGAAACAGCCCUAAGGCACACAUACUUUAGGGAAAUAAGGAUGGCAGAUAAGAAGACUGAGACUCUUCACAGAGUUUCUGGGACUAUGGAUAUAAUAGGGAGUAGUGUGAUGCAAAACUCCAUUGAGCACAUCUGUCGGCCAGCCAGGGUUGGGAAACAACUGAGGGGAAGACACACAAGACAAACACCUUUAAUGAGUCACAACAUGAAGCAUGUAGCAGACACCCUCAUCCGACGGAACAUCCCGCAUUAUCCAGCAGAGCUGCCCAAGCUCAAUGUGGUUGUACCGGGACCACAGAUCUCCUUCCCAGUCUCCACUAUGCCUGCAUUCACAGUCACUCACAGAGGCACACUGCCAACAAUCACAUCCAAAAAGUGCCAGUCACAGUUGGCCAAGCCCCGGGAUGACACACACCAUGCAGCUUUCAAGACGUACUAUAUGCCACCUCUGGAUAGAAAACAUGGAGGCUGCUGAGAGCCAAAAACAACAAGUAUUACAUACAUAAAAAAAAAUGCCUCUUAAUACUGGCUAGACCUGUGCUGAAAUGGAUAGUUUAAGACACAUCUGUAAAAUAUCCCAACUGUGCUUGAGAAGGAAAUCACAUAAGACCAUAAAACCUGUUAUUUUACCACUUAUGACUGCUGCACCAAACUGUUUAACCAUGUUAUGAAAUUCAUAAACAGUAUAUUCUUCCAUCUAUCGGAUUAAGAGUAUGUAGGUAUAGUUUUACUUGACUUUGUCAGGUUUUGUUUACAACUCUUUAAAAUAGACUUCAGUCUGAGGCUGACAAUUGAACACAUUGUACCAUAGGAGAGCCACAGUUGAAAGACUUCUUGUAGAGCAAUAUGACACCUGCAAAAAGCAGCCAUACCACUUGGGCUCAUUUGAGUUUUAUUGUACAAUUUUGAAUCAAAUGAUUAAGCUGAUCUUAACACCAACAAGAGCACCGCCUAGUGGGGCAAAAUAAGUCCGUCACACUGUUCGUUGUCACAUGAAAAGCAAAGACUUAAUAAUUAUAUGACCUUGACCUCCAGGAGCUGAUCUCUGCAUAAUGUCUUGAUAUGGAGAAUAAUCAUGCACGGUUUCAUCAAAAUCCUUCAAACCAUUUCUUAGAUAUGAAGUGGACAUGAAAAAACUUGAAAACAAAUUUAACUAUAUGACUUUAGCCAUGACCCUAUAUCCAAUCCCAACCUUGCUUUGGUCAUAAGCUAUCUACCCAUGAAGUUUAGUAAUUGUAAGCUGAACAGUUCUCGAGUUAUUGAACGGACACUUUAAUGGACCCCACCUGGACACCCACGCACUGUGGUGAUCACCUAAUAUGUCCCAUCUAUCGGAUGUAUAAAAAAGAAAAAGUGAACACAAAUGUUUUCAAUUUGUCACCCUGCCCUGACCUCCCAACUAUUUUUAUGAGAACUCUAUAAGUUCAAACAUUACUUGAAUGAGACUGAAUCUGUAGUGUAAUACUCCGGAAGCUCCAACAGCUGCAUUUUUUCAAACCAUUUCAAACAAAUCUCCACUAAUUUUGUUGAAUAGCAUAAAUUUUCCCAGAGGGUUUGAGGAAAAGCUGUGAUAAGGGAAUUUAGUUACUCUCCAGUAAGACUGGAGGGGUCCAGUUUGAGACGAGUGCACUACCUUACCUGCAAAACUUCACAUGCUGCAAUCCACUGCAAUUCAAAGUUGUAAAGUAAUAAAGAUGAAAAUGUUCAGGGUUGGGGCUGAACUCUUGUUUAUAACAUUUGUAUAGAUGUGAUGGAAGAUCUUGGAACAAACUGAAUUUAAAAAAGGCCCCAGUCUUUCUGUACAAAUGUCAACAACCAGAACGAACUGUCCUCAGUCUCAGUGUUGCAUCUGGAGGCAAAUUUUGCACAGUUAUGUUUAAACACUGAUGGCAGAUUGGGUCUAAAUAAAGAUUUUUGAAUGUUGUGGCAAAAUGUAGCUUGGCCAGUACCUCUAUACCCCUCACUUGAGGGACUGUGUUUUUAUUUCUCUCAGAGCUGUGAGCUCUUUAAACCAGACUGUGACUCAGUCUGCACUUCAUUGUUUGUCAUU